AUGACUGGCAAUAAGUCCCAAACAAGGAGUGACGCGACCAGAAAAGCUGUUCGAGAACGAGAUUCCAUCUGCCGAGUGACAGGAUCGCGUGUGAUGCCUCGCAUGAGAGGGACAAACUAUACGGGGUUCGAGGUUGCCCACAUAUUUCCUCUCGCUUGGGCGGUACCAGAUCACGCACCCAAAUUCCCCCCACCCAUUCAACCCUAUCUAACCUAUCCUAAACUGGCGGAUAAACCUCGAAAUGCAUUGCUUCUCAGAGCGGACGUUCACUCUCAAUUUGACGAUUAUCAGUUUAGUGCCAAGCCGAUUUACUUACCCAAUGCACAUAGUAGCCAAACGACUCUGGUCUGGUGGCUUAUGCGUUUUGAACAAAGUGGUGCCAGCAGCCUGCCGAAUCGCGACCAGCCUGAUUUUAACCGCCUACGGUGUUUGCGGGGUCCCGCCACCGAAUUGAACAUCCAAGACUUUGACUCUGGAUUGAUGGAUCACCACUUCACCGUAGCAUUGAAUUGGCACGUACUAGGAUUUGGAACGGAAGCGUGA